CUUUAUAUAAACGGAUCACGUAUAUUCUCUAUAAAAUUGCGAUCAUAUAGCGUAGCCGAUUAUUGUAAAAAAACUAUUCAUGGCUAUCUCAACAUCAUAUGGUCUUUCCUUCACCUUCAUUUUAACCAUAUGGGUAGUGGCAUCAGUCUGUCUUAGGGCUGACGCUCGAGCGUUUUUUGUGUUUGGAGACUCACUAGUCGACAAUGGAAACAACAACUACUUGGUUACAUCUGCCCGAGCCGACUCACCUCCUUAUGGCAUUGAUUACCCUACACAUAGACCAACAGGCCGUUUCUCUAACGGCCUCAACAUGCCUGACCUUAUCAGUCAGCGCAUGGGGGAGGAGCCCACAUUGCCGUUCUUGAACCCUCAACUUACAGGACGGAGGCUACUCGUUGGUGCUAAUUUUGCGUCUGCAGGGAUUGGAAUACUUAAUGACACCGGAGUCCAAUUCGUGAAUAUAAUUCGGAUUCCGUUGCAGUUUGAAUACUUUAGGCAGUAUCAACAACGAUUAAGCGGCCUUAUAGGAGCGAACCAGGCUAAAAAGCUUGUAAAAAACGCGGUCGUUCUCAUGACACUUGGUGGCAACGAUUUUGUCAACAACUACUACUUGGUUCCUUACUCAGCUCGCUCUCGACAAUAUGCGCUACCUAAUUAUGUCCGUUUUAUCAUAUCGGAAUACAAAAAGAUUUUAAUGAAACUGUAUGAUUUGGGAGCUCGUAGGGUUCUUGUCACAGGAACUGGCCCGUUGGGGUGUGUGCCAGCGGAACUAGCCCAGCGCAGCCGGAAUGGUGAAUGUGCAACCGAACUUCAGAAAGCUGCAGGAUUAUAUAACCCACAACUUAACAAAAUGCUGAGUGAUCUCAAUAGCAAAAUAGGCAGUCAUGUAUUCAUCAGUGUGAACUCGAAGAAGAUGCAUUCCGACUUUAUCAGUGAUCCAGGAGCUUUUGGAUUUGUGUCGGCAAAGAUAGCAUGCUGUGGACAAGGACCAUACAAUGGGCUGGGUCUAUGCACCCCACUGUCAAACUUGUGCGAUAACAGAGAUUUGUAUGCCUUUUGGGAUGCAUUCCACCCCUCGGAAAAAGCCAACAAGAUUAUCGUCGAGCAAAUGAUGACUGGUUCAACCGAAUACAUGAGUCCCAUGAAUCUAAGCACCAUUUUGGCCUUGGAUUCUCAGAAGUAGCUAGUGACCAUUUAUUUCAAUAAAAUUCAAUAUAUAUUGUUCAUCUAGUGCGUACGUUAUUGAUUUUUUUUUUUACUUUUCUAAAGUUGUUCCUAUUGAAUAACAUGCCUUGAUUGUAACUGUUAAAAUUUAAUGGAUUUAUAUGUAAUAUUACGUCUAAAGCGAUACCU